AGUGUUCAGUGCUUUGAAAGUUUUGCGAAGUCGACUACAGAAGUUAUUUGGUAAACAUAAAAAUUUGUUAAUUUUUUUUUUAACUUAUAAAAGUUUAAAUCAUUACUGUUCAUAAUGGAUGAUGAAGCUGAGACAUACAAAUUAUGGAGAAUUCGUAAAACAGUAAUGCAGUUGUGUCACGAUAGAGGAUAUUUAGUGACUCAGGAUGAAUUGGAUCAGACCUUGGAGCAGUUUAAGGAACAGUUUGGAGACAAACCAAGUGAAAAAAGACCUUCAAGAAGUGAUUUAAUUGUACUAGUCGCUCACAAUGAUGACCCAACAGAUCAGAUGUUCGUAUUUUUCCCAGACGACUCAAAAAUUGGUAUAAAAACAAUAAAGACAUAUUGUUCACGUAUGCAGGAUGAAAAUAUUCAUAGAGCAAUUAUAGUCGUACAAGCUGGCAUGACUCCUUCAGCUAAACAAUCGUUGGUGGAUAUGGCCCCUAAAUAUAUUUUAGAACAGUUUUUGGAAUCUGAGUUGCUUAUUAAUAUUACUGAACAUGAACUUGUUCCGGAACAUGUAGUGAUGACACCAGAAGAAAAACAAGAACUUCUAGCAAGAUAUAAAUUGAAGGAGAAUAUGUUGAUGAGAAUUCAAGCAGGUGAUCCAGUUGCCAGGUACUUUGGAUUAAAAAGAGGACAGGUGGUUAAAAUCAUUCGAUCAUCGGAAACGGCCGGACGCUACAUUUCCUACCGGCUUGUCUGCUGAAAUGAAUUAAUUCACCUAAAUAACUAUAAGGGUCUUCGUCGAGUCCCGGCCAAUAAUUAUAAUAUAAUGAUUACUGGUCCACCUCGUCAAUGCCGGUUUAUUAUCGUCGUUAAUUCAGUUUCUGCAUGUAUACAUAUUUAAGUAGGUAAUAAGACAUCUGUCUAUAAUUGUAUGUGAUACCAAAUAAAUUUACAUUUUGAUAGAGA